AUGGAGGCCCAGAGACAGGAGACGUUCAGGAAGCUUCGCCCUGUAUGUGUUGAGCUCAGCUCCGCAGCUUUGAGCUUUCGUACACUCCAGAACCAUCCUAGUGAUGUUCAAAAAGCACUAGACGGCUUGUACGCCGUGCUCGAACCAUUAGGAAGUGGGGAUGCACUGGACGCAAAACUUGCCGAGUAUGUGUUCUUCCCUCUGUCGCAAGUGUUCAACCAAGCACAAACUCUACCUCAAAGAUGUCUAGAGGCUGCUGUCAAAUGCAUUACAGUCCUUGUCGCGAAGGGAUGGCGAGCUCAGCUGGCCCCGGAAAUGGGGAAACAAUUGCUCAUUCUCAUGACCAUUUUGAUUGGAGGCACACCGGCCCAGAAUCGAGGGCAAGCCGUUCUAAGACCAGACUCGGAAGAGCUAUCAGUCGCAAGCUUCGAAUGUAUGGAUGCUAUCUUUCAGGUGCUCCAAGGACCAGUGGCCGAGAAGACUAUUUUCAAUGAAAUCGGUUCCGCUACUAUCAUCGACCAAACUGUUUAUCUGCUUUUAGAAGGCCUUUCAGAAGGGGCUUCGACUGCCGUCCAAAUAUCAGCACUAUCAGCACUUCGUUCUCUUCUCAGUCGGGUUACUGAUAGAGUAAUUCUGGCAAGCAUCAUGCCUCGUGUCGUCUCAGCUUUGACAAAGAUUGUAAAACCAACCACUAGAGCGCGGAGGAGCUUCAAAGUCCUGGAUGGAUCCCUUCAGUUAUUAGAAAGUAUUCUUCGGGCUGUUCUCAAUGAUAACACUGUGUAUGGAGAACAACAUAAAAAUGAAUCAAGUGACAAAUUGGUUCUCGACGAGUCAUGGCUCAAAGCGACAACCGGACAAAUCAAGCUUGCCCUAGCAAACGUCGUUCAAGUUAGACAGCAUGAACGGCAAGCAGUGCGCGAUGCUCUUCUCAAUCUUUGCGUGAUGGUAAUUGAAGAAUGCUCGAAGUCUUUGAAGGACUCUUUGUCUCUUAUCGUUGAGACCAUGGUGGUUCUCUCGGAUGCUGACGAUGGCGAUGCUCCAAAUAAUGCUUAUACCUCAUUGAUCCAUCUAGCCACAGUGCGGAGCCAAACUGUGGAUGUGCUCAAGGAACUACUUCAUAUAUGGACGACUUCCUUCCAGAGGAUCAUGCAGAGCAACGACGAAGCUGCAAAGCAAAGGGCUAUCAAACAAAUCACCAUUGCUUUUCAAAUUCUUUCUCAGGUACAGUCAAGUUCGGCUUUACUAGAGAGUAACGUCGCGAUCGGACUCUGUGAUAGUGUCGCGGCAGUAGUUCGAUCAUCAAAGUCCGCGCCUAUGGCCGUGCGUCCUUCUUCGGGGGGUUUGGAGCUCGCUGUUAUAGGCAAACAAAACGCGUUGCAGACAUUUCCGCCAGUACUUCUGGAACACCGCAGUCAGCAGCAGACACUGACAGAUAUGACAUCCAUGGUCACAAGGCUCAGUCAUACACAGUCGGGCGAAGCUAUCACUAGAUAUAUUAUAAAUCAGGUCCAUCAAGCUUCGGGUGAUGCUGUCGUUGCACCUUUGUGGCUGGCCUUGCAGUUCUUACGAUCUGAAGCACCGAAUGGCAUUGACGAGUUCCUGACCUUUGACACAUCUGCUACUCUCUCGUCUCGUACGACAAUGAUUGAGGAACUGUAUUCCAUUGCACUUCCAGUUUUGAAUGAACCACCAACGAUCGAUCCAAGAGAUUGGAGGGUCUCUGCACUUGCAUUAGAGGCCGUGGCUCUACAAGCCCAACAACUGAAAGAAGAUUUUCGGCCAGAGUUGAUAGAUGCCUUGUACCCUGUCCUUCAAUUCCUCGCCUCGAACAACCCAAACUUACAAACCCACGCGAUGGCGUGUUUGAACAUAAUCACACGAUCCUGCAAUUAUCCAGAUACUCGCGCAAUGCUGAUCGGGAAUGUUGACUAUCUUGUCAAUUCAGUGGCGCUCAAGCUCAAUACAUUCGACGUCUCGCCCUAUCCUCCACAGGUCCUUUUGAUGAUGGUCAAACUUUCUGGGGCUGGUCUUAUACCAUACCUAGAUGAUCUGGUUCGCUCGAUUUUUGGCAUUCUUGACAUGUAUCAUGGUUAUCCAAAACUUGUUGACUUACUCUAUUCGAGUCUUGCCGCGAUUGUCGAAGAAGGUAGUAAGACUCCUGAACUACUGGCUAUCACUGAGGAUGGACAGGAAAACCUUUUGGAACAUACAAAACAAGCAUAUGAACCAUUAUCAGUCGCCAGAUUAGUGGAAGAUAUUGCUCAGAGAAAAACUAAACGAGCACGUAUCGAAGAAAUGGAUACCAUGUUAGACGAAGAACGAGUAUCGCACCCUCAACGCCCCUGGACACGAGAAUUAGAUGGACCUCCACUUCCCAAAGGAGACGACGAUAUUGAAGGACUUCUCAACAAUGCGAACGCGAACCCUCUCGAUGAAGCCGACGAAUCUCUUCCUACGCCGAAAGAUCCAGAAGACGCCCCUAAACCUCUCAGCAAAUCACACAAUUUACUUUUGCAAAUAGUCAAAUCUGUACCUCCACAUCUUGGCUCACCGUCCCCGUUCCUGAGGAGAUCACUUCUUUCCCUUCUCAACAAGGCUUUACCCAUUUUGUCGAAGAAUCAGACCAGUUUUCUCCCACUUAUCAACGAGCUAUGGCCGCCAGUAAGUGGACGGAUUGCUCCUCCUUCUGCCGCAACUACGUCCAUAUAUCUCGAAACAACGACAAGCUCCUCAUCAACGGAUAUUAUCUCUCGAGCAACAACCAACCCCAAACCAGAAGAUCACAGCAUCAUCAAAGAAGAAACAUACGUCACCACCGCGGCCUGCGACGCAGUGACAAGCAUGUGCGAACUAGCAGGUGACUUCAUGUCCUCACGCGUGGCGACCGAAUUCCCCCGCUGGCGCCGAUUAUACCUCGAAAACUGGAAAAAAGUCCUCAUUGAUGCAGAGAAGACCCUCGAGCGUCAAAACCGGCGACCCCCAGCACCACAGAUAUCAAAAGAUCUACUCAAACCUAACAACCCAGACCUGAGUUUGUCGAAUACUACCACACGCUCUUUCACACAACAUCAUAUCCUCUGGCGCUCUCUCCUAAUACUAUUCGUGAAUAUUCUCGCUCAUGUACGAGUCCCACUGGCCAUCGGCGACGAACUGGCCGAAUUCAUCGGAGAAUGGAUCACGAAAUUCGUCGGGGCCAGGUAUUACUUUGAUUAUUACCAUCGGCAUCCACCACAACAACAGCAGGAGCAGGCUGUACAGAAACAACAUGCCGCAAGCGGUAACGGGGAUAUGCACCUUGUUAGUAACGCGUUACAAGCCAUGGAAGCGUGGAAUAAGGAUUUAACGUGGUUUAUCUUUUGGCAAGGGUUGUUGACUACUACGACCACAUCGUCAGCCUCUACCACGAGAUCGCGAAACGGGGAUAGGUGGCGAUUGCGGAAGGAGUUGGAGAGGUUUAAUGAUGAUGCUGCUAAGAGAGGGAGAUGGAAAUUUGCGUCUGUGGAAGCUGUAUAA